AUGACUGCUGAAGUUAAGGUUGAGGAGAAGCAGGUGGAGUCGUCUGAGGUUGUUAUUGCUUCAGUGGAGGAGGAAGCAAUAACAAGAGUGAAAGCAGGUGUUGUUGAGGAAGAAGUUGAAGAGAAAGAGACUAAGGUUGUAGAAGAAGGUGAUGGGAGCAAGCCUAAGGGUGUGGAGAAGAUCUCUUCUUUCAAGGAAGAGAGUGAUUUCUCCUCUGAUUUGAAAGACUCUGAGAAAAAGGCUCUCAGCGAUCUCAAGACAAAGCUUGAGGAAGCUAUUGUUGAAAACACUCUCUUCAAGAAGAAGAAAGAGAGUCCUGUCAAGGUUGUGGAGAAGAAGAAGGAAGCUGAAGAUGAGAAGAAGAGUGAGGCUGUUGUUACCGAGGAAGAAGCUAAAGCUGAGACUAGUGAACCAGUGGUUGUUGCUGAGGAAAGACCUAAGGAAACAGCCAAGACUGAUGCUAAUGCUGUUGAUGUCGACACUAAGGAGGAAGUUAAAGAUGAGAAUGUUGAAAAAGAAGGAGAGAAGAAGACGGAGGCUGUUGUUACCGAAGAAGCCAAAGCUGAGACUGAGGAAGAAGAUGAGACUGUUGAUAACGAUAUCGAGCUAUGGGGAGUGCCACUGCUUCCAAGCAAAGGAGCUAAAGGAACUGAUGUAAUCCUCUUGAAGUUCUUGAGAGCAAGAGACUUCAAAGUCAAUGAAGCCUUUGAGAUGCUCAAGAAAACCCUCAAGUGGAGAAAGGAACAGAAGAUUAAUUCAAACCUUGGAGAAGACUUUGGGGAGGAUCUUGCCUCUGCAGCUUACAUGAAUGGUCUUGACUUUGAAUCACGCCCUGUCUGUUACAAAAUCUACAGCGUUUUCGGCAACGAGGAGCUGUACCAGAGGAUAUUUGGGUCAGAGCAGAGAAGAGAGAAUCUAUUGAGAUGGAGUUUUCAGCUGAUGGAGAAGGGAAUCCAGAAGCUUGUUCUGAAACCAGGUGGUGUCACUUCUCUUCUCCAGAUCCAUGAUCUCAAGAACUGUCCUGGAUUGCUGAAAAAAGAGCUGUGGGUCGCAAUCAAGAACGCAAUAGUAGCUUUGCAGGACAAUUAUCCGGAACUCGUCUCAAGAAAUGUGUUCAUAAAUGUUCCCUUCUGGUUCUACGCUGGCAGCACCCUCCUGUCUCCCUUCUUAACUCAAAGAACCAAGAGCAAGUUUGUUGUGACUCGUCCAGCUAAUGUCACUGAAACUCUUCUCAAGUAUAUUCCAGCAGAGGAGAUCCGUGUUCAGUACGGUGGUUUCAAAAGAGAUGAUGAUACCGAAUUCUCCAACGAAGCUGUUUCUGAAGUUUUCGUUAAGCCUGGAUCAUCUGAAACCAUAGAGAUCCCAGCUCCUGAAACUGAAGGUACAUUGGUUUGGGACAUUGUGGUUUUGGGAUGGGAAGUGAAUUACAAGGAAGAGUUUGUGCCAACAAAUGAAGGAGCUUACACCAUUAUUGUCCAAAAGGGGAAGAAGAUUGGAUCAAACGAAGGACCGUUGAGGAACAGUUUCAAGAACAGUGAGUCUGGUAAGAUUGUUCUUACCGUUGACAAUGUCUCUAGCAAGAAGAAGAAGAGAGUUCUGUACAGGUACAUGACCAAGACGGAAUCCUCUUGCUAAACUCUUCACCAAAUCAAUCUAAGCAGAGUCUGGAUAUAAAAUAUUCUUUUGCUACCGUUAAAGUUUAAUGUUAUUAUUAUUUUUAAGUGAUACGCGUAAUGUGAGAAAGAGAUACACUGCCAUUGUUUUAUUGAAAUUCAAUCUUUUGCGUCUUGUGUUAUGAGAUUUCUUUCUCUUCUUGUUGUUUCUAUUUGAUUCAUUUGUUU